AUGAACUUGCAACAGAUUAUGAGACCCAGCUCAAUUAGCGCCGACGGCAUCAAGGUCUUCGCUAGCGCUGAGCAGGAUGCCAACCUCUUCUUCAUCACCGUCGAGGCCAAGCUCAUCGCCGCUGGCAUCGACGCUGGCAUCAUCGCCGAGGGUGGCUCCAGCAGCUGCCUCAUCGCCGAGCCCAAGCACCCACGGUGCUUCGGGUCCCCGCUGUUGACAGGCAAGUCCUGUCUGCUGAGUCAUCAUUGA